AGUGAAAAACACACUGGGUCCCACUUCUAAGCUCUGGGCUGAGGAUCGUCCUGAUCUUACCUUCUCCCUCAAGGCAACACUUGGGCUGGUUUCUUUUUGGAUCCUUAACUACCUCCCCUGUUUAAACUAAAAGCACAAUGGCACCCAAGAAGGAUGUGAAGAAACCUGCCGCCGCAGCACCAGCUCCAGCCCCUGCCCCUGCCCCAGAACCAGUUAAACCCAAAGAACCAGCAUUUGACCUGUCCGCCGUCAAGAUUGAAUUCUCUCAAGAUCAGCAGGAUGACUUCAAAGAGGCCUUCCAGCUCUUUGACAGGACAGGUGACAUCAAGAUCACCUACAGCCAGGUUGCAGAUGUCAUGAGAGCUCUUGGCCAGAACCCCACAAAUGCUGAGGUUAAGAAAGUAUUGGGCAACCCAUCUGCUGAGGAAAUGAAUGCCAAGAGGAUCGACUUCGAGCAGUUCCUGCCCAUGAUGCAGGCUAUUGCCAACAACAAGGACCAGGGCAGCUUUGAAGACUUUGUUGAGGGUCUGCGUGUCUUUGACAAGGAAGGCAAUGGCACUGUCAUGGGUGCUGAGCUGCGUCACGUAUUGGCCACACUGGGCGAGAAGAUGAAGGAGGAGGAAGUAGAAGCUCUCCUGGCAGGACAGGAAGACUCCAACGGCUGCAUCAACUAUGAAGCCUUUGUGAAGCACAUCAUGUCCAUCUAAAUCCCUCUUUUAAACAUCACCUUUGAAUGUCUCAGAAGACCUGGAGGCAUGGAAUCUGUACAAAGGCCAGCAACUGGUCAUUACCAACUUUACAGAAAUGUACUGUACAAAACACCCAUCAUUUUAUUUUCCACCAUUGGGACUUCUUUACACAAACCCUGUUAUUAUUUAAAGGAAAGACCACACAGGACGCAUCACCCUGGCAAAGCUGGCGGAGAUUUCAACCAAGCUGAUAUGUGUAACAUGCCAUGGAGCACUGUACAUCAAAAGACAUCUCAAUAAAACAUCCUUUGCUAAGA